AUGUCCUCGGCCAGCGUUCUCCGACUGGGCCGACUCCAGAAAGCCCGGCGAUAUCUGCAACAUCAAGCUCACGAGAAUCCAGCGAUUUUUUGGUCGGUUGCCAUUGGAGUUGCUGGUCCUGUGCUACUGGCCGCUGUCCCACCGAUCCGUCGCAAUUACUUUGGCUACGUAACCCCUGAACCUAUCCCGAUGAGUUAUCCGCUCCCUCAACGGAAAAGAAACCCAGACUUGAAAGGCUAUGAUGAUUGA